AUGCAAGGCACUGUGCCAGGAAAUCGCACCAGGGAAUGCAGCAGUCUUGCACGUACUUGGAAAUUUUUCAAGUUGCCACAAGCACUCUCUUCAAAUGGGAGUUACUCGAAUAACAUUCUAGGCCAUGAUUUCAAUAAAAAUAAAUUCCGGAUAUCCCUGGGUCUUCCGGUAGGAGCUGUGAUCAACUGUGCUGACAAUACAGGAGCCAAAAAUUUGUAUAUCAUCUCUGUGAAGGGAAUCAAGGGACGACUGAACAGACUUCCUGCUGCUGGUGUGGGCGACAUGGUGAUGGCCACGGUUAAGAAAGGCAAACCAGAGCUGAGAAAAAAGGUCCAUCCAGCCGUUGUAAUUCAACAACGAAAGUCAUAUCGAAGAAAAGAUUGGGUGUUUCUCUAUUUUGAAGACAACGCAGGGGUCAUAGUAAACAAUAAAGGCGAGAUGAAAGGUUCUGCUAUCACGGGUCCAGUUGCAAAGGAGUGUGCAGACUUGUGGCCCAGGAUUGCAUCGAAUGCAGGCAGCAUUGCGUGACUCUCCGGUGCAUUUGUAAAAUAGAUUCAUUAAAAGGC